CGCGGCAUCCUCACCAAGAUCCUCACCACACCUUACUCGACCGAUGCCUACGAACUCGGGAUCACACUCUACAACCACACCAUCUUCAUCGAAGAGCAUGACCUGCGCCCCCCCACCGCCGCCUACGGGUCCUCCGAGCGUGAUAAACUGAUGACCUACAUGGGCUACAAGUUCGAGUCUCUCGCGACGGUUGAUACGCCCCCCGGGGUGUUGCAGGGGAUGGGGGAGGGGGAGAGGGAGGGUGUGUUGGCGCGGAGGGAUGGGGGGGUUGUGAAUACGAAUCGGCAGUAUUGUUGUGUGGUGAAGACGAGGGUGGGGAGGCAUGGGGUGGUAAUGGGCGCUGAGGUGGAUUGUUUGGUUGAUGACGUCAAACCAAAAACAAACCCCCAAACAGCCUACGCAGAACUCAAAACCAACCGCGUCAUCACCAACCCCAACCAACGCCGGUCCUUCGAACGCCACAAACUCCUCAAAGUCUGGGCCCAAUCCUUCCUCCCCGGCAUCCCCACCGUCAUCGUCGGGUACCGCCACGACGACGGGCGGCUUUCCCACAUCCAGUCCCUCAAAACAAUGAGCAUACCGCGGAUGGUCCGUGAAUCGGCAAGUCAGAGUGGGCGAGGUGGGGGAGGGGGACAUGGGGAGCCGCCGUGGGAUCCGACGAUCUGUUUGAAUUUCGGGAACGCGUUUUUGGACUGGGUUAGGGGCGUUGUCGGCGUCGGGUUCGGGGAUGCGGACGUGGUGUAUACCGUGCGGUGUGAUUAUGACGACGGGGACGAUGGCGCGAGGCGGGGGGGUGGGUAUGGGAGAGGCGGAGGACGACGGCGGGUCGUGAAGCUCGUGAAAAUCGAACGCGGCGUGCAGGGCCCGACGGGCGUGUUUAUCCCGCAAUGGUAUCGGGAAGGGAGGCGGCCUGGGUCCGAUGCGUAA